AUUUUUUUUGAAAAACCAAACUGAACUGAAUCGUUGACACCCCUAUCUCCAUAUACCAACAUUCUCAGUACCGUGGAAGAGUCAUACGUGGUAUUAGACACACCGCAAAAAUUUGUGGGGGCAUUGGCCUUUCGUCCAUCUUCGUCUAGUUGUGACGCUUCCUUGGCCAUAGUUUCGCAUCGGAUGCCAUCGGUCAUUGACUCUUCGAGGAGCUACCGAAGACGACGAAACAUCAUCAACUCACGUUGACGGCUGUAUCGGUCUACUUCGGCCAUUGACUGAAAUGUCACAAUGGCAUACGAAGACGGGCAAAUUACAGAACUUUAAGUUGGUGAUAAGACUAGAAGCAAUCAGUCAAUCACACGAUAGGGGAGUCAUAAGGCUCGGACCAAUCAGUUGAAGGUUUGUUGGGGGUGCACAGGUUUGGGACACUGACGGUUAAAUUGCACGACAUUCGAUUCAAUGCUGUGUAAAUCGGUUGAAUCACUAUUAUGACUACGAAUUAUCUCAUCGGAGUAGUGUAUUCAGCUAAUUUCUUCAGGCUCUAGCCAUGUUAUUCGUGAUUGUUCUGGCGGUUUCUCUCCUGGGAAAUACAGCACCGACUCAUGGAACCGGCGAUUUCACCUACAAUGGUUUCCGGUCUGCAAAUCUGAGCCUCGAUGGUUUAGCUGAGCUCACUGGCAAUGGCCUCCUGAAGUUAACCAAUGGGACUGAAGAGAAGGAGACUUAUGCAUUCUACCCAGACCCCAUCACGUUCAAGAAUUCAUCCAAUGGCACUGUCCCCUCAUUCUCCACCACAUUUGUCUUCGCUAUAAUUCCUGGAUAUCCAGCUUUCGGCAAUCCAGUCACCUUUGUGAUAGCUCCUCGUAGAGUAUUUCCUGGAGCUCGGCCUGAUCAUUUCUUUGGUCUCUUCAAUGAAACAAACGAUGGCAAUGCCACGAACCACAUUUUUGCAGUGGAAUUUGACACGAUUCAAAACAACGAAAUAUAUGAUAUCAAUGACAACCAUGUCGGGAUUGAUGUCAAUGGGCUGAUCUCUCUAAAUUCUUCCCCUGCUGGAUACACUGAAAACAACAUUCCAGGCUUCAGAAACUUGAGUCUGAUUAGUGGUAAAGCAAUGCAAGUUUGGGUGGAUUAUCAUGGUGUGCAGAAACAAAUCAGGGUCACAUUAGCUCCAGUCAAUGUCGAAAAACCGAACACUCCCCUUUUGUCUCUAUCCUUCAAUCUCUCGCCAAUCUUCAAGGAGACCAUGUAUGUUGGGUUCUCUUCCUCAACCGGUACGCCCUUAACUUCUCAUUAUAUACUCGGAUGGAGCUUUAAGGUAAAUGGACAAGCUCAUAGGCUUGAUUUGUCUCAACUUCCUAGAUUACCCCAUAUGAAAAAGAAGCAGAAAUCCAUUUUUCUCACUGCUGGGUUGCCUUUCAUAUGCUUGUUCUUUCUGUCAAUACUAGUCUUUGCUAUGGCUUAUGCGAUUAGAAAAAGAAGAAAAUUCGCAGAGGUUCUUGAAGAUUGGGAGCACGACUACAGUCCGCAUCGGUUCAAGUACAAAGAUAUCUAUGUUGCCACAAAGGGGUUCAGAGAUCAGGAGCUACUAGGAGCUGGUGGAUUUGGUAGGGUUUAUAGAGGGGUAUUACCCACCUCAAAAACUGAGAUUGCAGUGAAGAGGAUUUCUCAUGAAUCGAGGCAAGGGCUGAGACAGUUCAUCGCCGAGAUUAUUAGUAUUGGUCGGCUUCGCCAUCGGAACAUUGUGACGCUUCUCGGAUAUUGCCGUCGGAAGGGUGAACUGCUGUUGGUUUAUGACUACAUGCCAAAUGGAAGCCUAGACAAGUACCUCUAUAACCAACCAAGGGUGACCCUCAGUUGGAGUCAAAGAUUUAGAGUGAUCAAAGGUGUUGCCCAUGGCCUCUCUUAUCUCCAUGAAGGAUGGGAACAAGUAGUGAUUCACAGGGAUAUCAAAGCUAGCAACGUCUUGCUUGAUUCAGAACUAAAUGGAAGGUUAGGAGAUUUCGGGCUUGCAAGACUAUAUGAUCACGGUACAGAUCCUCAAACCACCCAUUUGGUGGGAACUAUUGGAUAUCUGGCCCCAGAGAACACUCGAACUGGCAAGGCCACCACGAGCACAGAUGUUUUCGCGUUCGGGGCAUUUUUGCUUGAAGUUGCUAGUGGAAGAAGGCCGAUUGAGGCUCGGGAGGAGGAGGACGUGAUACUGGUGGACUGGGUGUUUUCUUGCUGGGAUAAGGGUGACAUUCUAGAUGCAAGAGAUCCGAACUUAGGGACGGACUUUGUGGCGAAGGAGGUGGAGCUAGUGUUGCAACUCGGACUGUUGUGCUCCCAGUCUCAGCCAACCGCAAGGCCACGCAUGCGACAAGUGGUGCAGUACUUGGAAGGGGAGCUCGCGUUAGAGGAGCUAUCAUCACUUGGUAUUUCAAAAAGUGGAUGGCAAUUUUCAUAUCAUGAUGGUUUUAGUAUGGCUGGCACGUCUUAUCCGUCUUCCGCUAACAAGGCAUUUUCUCAGACAUCUUCUGUUGCAAACUCUCUCCUCUCUGGCGGAAGAUGAGUCUUAAGCUCGGUAUAUUAAAGUGAAAGCACAUUUCAUAAAUCGAAGCAAAAGUCAAACUAAUGUUCUUGUGCAUCAAGCAUUCGUAGUUUGUGACUUUGUGAGUUUAUGUAAACUGUAAUUUAAGAUUCUAUGGAUCGAACCAAUUUCUGCAGUAUAUUCUUGCAUGUUCUUGGGAA